AUGCGUCCCAUGCUUGCCGCCUACGAUUCUAUUCCGUCUGUGAAGGGUUUGGAUCGAGAACUGGACACUAUCCAUUCUGUCCUUGCCGAAAAGGUGCUUCGGGAACUCAAAAUCAUGCUUGCUGGAAAUCGCUGUCUCACGGACAACGCACCAUUGAUACAAGCCGGGUGCCGGUUGGUCGGCGUAUUGCCGGAUGACCUUCGCAUCAAAUCUACUUUACUUACCUGGUUCAUUUCACGUCAGCUGGGCGAAUAUCGCGAACUCUUCGAUCCAACGCAAACCGCCGCUUGGAUUGACAAGGUCGACCACCGCUACGCAUGGUUGCGGUCCAAUCUACCCACUAUCGAACGAAAAUUUCAGACUAUCUUUCCUCCGGGUUGGCACGUAACAGAAGAAUUAUGUGUUGAAUUUUGCCGUAUUACCAAAGCCGACUUGGAGACUGUUAUGAAACGCCGCCAAGCAGAGCUGACACAUAAUCUUAUCAUAUUUGGAUUGCAGCGUACUCUUGCUUUUGAAUCGAGUCUAAAUAAAGUAUACGGAACUUACAAGAUCUCUUCCAACCCAGAACCUAGUUUGAGUGAUGUGUUGUCAAAUAAAAAGGCUAAGCCGAGAAAGUCACUGAAUCCCUUCGACGACGAUGAUGUUGAGGAAUCUGCUGCAGGGGAACAACGGCCACUCAACGCGUCAUCGACAGCAGACGAACAUGAACCCACGGACGAUUCUGGCUGGAAGAAAUUACCCUUUGACGGGUUGAUAUCGAGCUGCUUUGAUGCACAUUUCGACCUAUAUUUGAACCACGUUGAGAAGGUGCUUCGCGAUCAAUUGCACAAUCGUUUGAUUGGGGAUUUCACCGUGAACAAAUCCACUUUGGUUAAUCGUGAAUCCGUUGACACUUUUAAAUUUGCAGAGGGUGCCACAUCGGCUUCCGGGAGCGAUUCCGGUGAGAAUACGUUGUCUUCUGCCACCGAGCUGUUUCUACUGUACAAGCAAAUUGUUAAGCAAACCUUGCAGCUGAAUCGUGGCAGCGGAUUUCUUGGUCUUGUGCGUCUGCUCCGUCAAUACUUAUCGGAGUACGCGGUUGCCGUUCUACUCGCCCAAGUCCCUGGUAUACACUUACCCUCUCUCACCAUCGGCGCAGCUGGUGCCGGUUGGUUUGCGCCGGAUGUGACCUCAAAAGUGGCCGCCUUUAGUAUUGGUGGCCUCUCCGCUCUCGGAAUUGGACGUAGCCAAACCCCAGGUACUAUUCCCUCGGACGGCUCAAAAUCUCACACUCGUAACCCCACCGUCCCCUCGGAUCAAAGCGGUGUUUCAGCAAACCAGCUCUUUGCAAAUCUAUUGCGAGAUGACCAACCACUGGCGCGGCUCACCGCAGAGGACAUUCAUCGUGUUUGUAUCAUACUGGUUACUGCGGCGUUUUGUUUGAAAACCGUGGAAGAUUUGGAGAGGCGCCUAAAAUUGGAAGUCAGACCACCUAGCUGGAACUAUAAAAUUUCCUUCGCAUCCGAGGUGGAUGCCUUUGCUGCAUGUCGGUCUGUGUGCGUCCACCGAUUAGUGUCCGAUUUGGAAUCUGUAGCUGAACCUCAGCUGGCAGCCAUGGCACGUUUACCAUGGAACAAUGUGGCCCAAGUUGGUGACCAAAGUGUCUACGUGACUGAGAUUGUGAAACACUUGCGUUCCCAACUUCCCCUCAUUCGUGAUGUUCUCUACAGUGUGCGUGCAACGUUCACUCAGAUUUGUAUCAAAUUUGCCGGCGCACUCAUCUCUCGGUUUAUUGCCUCCCUUUAUCGCUGCAAACCCUUGAACACGUUUGGCGCGGAGCAGUUGCUUUUGGACACGCAGUCUCUCAAAUCGGCUUUGCUUCAAAUGCCAGUGUUCGGGGCCAAAUUCCCUCAAGUUCCACCAAAAAGCUUCACCAAUCUGGUUCAUGAAGGAAUGGGUAGGGCAGAGCGUAUCAUCAAAGCUGUCAUGCUUCCGGUGGGUUCAUCGGGGCUUUCCUCGUCCUCCACCACUACCGACACUUCCAGCGGUUUCAUCAUGGGUCCUGUUGACUCACGUGCAGCGGAAGUGUUUCUGGCCAGCUAUCGGCAGCUGUUACCGGACGCCACUCCGACUGACCUGCAAAAGGUUCUCGAAAUGAAGGUUGGUGACCUUUUCGUAACUGGUUACACUCUUAUUUUGUCUGUUGCAUACCCCUUCUUAUACAUGUGA